AUGGCAGGCUAUCAAAGUGCCAAUCUGUACCUCGGUUGUCGCAAGAAGGUGGUCAGGGUCAGGUUCAAUGUCAGGGUCAUGGUUCAAUGUCAGGGUCAUGGUGAAAACAGCGGCAUCUUAGAUGUGCGCUCCUCAAUGAAUUUUGCAAAAAGAUGGGUCUUGAGAUCCGCUCUGAACUUCGCAAGUGAUGGAGAAGUAGUCAGAGAAGUAGGUAGAGAGUUCCAGAGAAAAGGACCAGAAAAAGCAAAAGCAGAUUUGGCAAAAGAGUGUUUAACACGAGUUAAGAAAAAGCGAGAAGAAGAAGACGAUCGUAAACCGGGGCGUUUAGAUGGUUCUUCUAGUGCUGUCAUACAGUCAUUCAUUCUGGUGGAGGAGUUUAAGAAAACUUUGUUGAGUUGUGAUGGACAGUUGGUACCCUACCAACAUGUUGCCAGGCGUCCCUAG